CACUGCACCAGCAUGACUGACAGAGGGGGACCAAGCAAGGCAAAGAGACCCGAGGCUAAGGGUGCCAAGCACAAUACCAGAACUAAACAAACUAAAGACGAAUCGCCACCCAGAUGUCGAAGGAAAAACUCUACAGAAGAGAAGCAGAGUGGUACCACAAAGGAACAGAAACCACAGGAGAGAGAGCAGAAAAUGCCAAACCAACCUGAUACGAAGCCAUCUGUGCCGAGCACGCAAAAAAAAAAGAUCACAAAACAUGUCGCAGAGGAGAUCAACAAGCAGCAAAGAACACCUACAGACAACACAAAGGCUCCUGGACGAAGAACAAAAGCCAAAACCUCUGCUGGCAGGGCCAAAUCCCCAGAACAAUCUGCAGAGGAGAUGACAAAAACACAGCCACAGAUACUGAAAGAUACGACAAAGGAUUCUGUGAAGACUACAAAAACAAAGAAAUGUUCUGGCAGGGCCAAGUUAUCAGAACGAUUUGAGGAAGAAACAAUGAGGACACAACCAGAGACACCCAAGGACACCACAAAAUCUUCUAUGAAGAUCACAAAAGCAAAAACAUGUGCUCGCAAAGCCAAAUCACCAGAAAAAUUUGCUGAGGAGACAAUGAAGAUGCAGCCAGAGUCACCUGAAUACACUACAAAGGCUUGUGCAGACCAAGCUGCAGUGGACUCUAUCCUCUCCACAACUCUAGAAAAACUGAAGAUAAAGAGGAACGACAAAGCAAACGCAGCAGAAGUCAUCAAUGAAAUAAUCAAAAACAUAAUCACGCAUUUAAAGCAGAACACUGAAUGCUUUAAAGAAGUAGAACCACUACGUACUGGCAGUUACUACGAAAAUGUAAAGAUUUCUAACCCUGAUGAAUUUGAUAUCAUGCUGGCCGUCCCCGUUGACCGAGUGGACAUUAAUCCAUUCGGGGAGGAUGGAGCCUUUUACAGUGUGGCAUUAAAACGUGGCAACAGCCCUCUGAAGAAAUUUCAGGAGUCCAGCACUUUAUCUGCCAGUAAAAUGCUCAAGAAGUUCAGGGAAGAAGUGAAGAAAUGUGUCAAGGAGUCAAAAGAUGAGUACCAAGAAUGGGAGGUGACGAGAAAGAAAAAAGGCUGCCCUGCAGUGACCCUGACCACAUCAGUACAAUCAGUCACCACUUCACUCGAUGUUGUUCUCUGUCUUAUGGUUAGAUCAAGCUGGCCAGCUUUUACCAAAGAAGGCUUUAAAAUUGAGAGCUGGCUGGGAACUAAAGUAAAGCAGGAGUACAAGCGGCAGCCAUAUUAUCUUGUCCCAAAAUAUGAAGGCAAGGGCACGGUGGAACAAGACGGAGUCCUUGUUAAAGAUGUUUGGCGGGUUUCAUUUUCUCAUGUUGAGAAGGACAUUCUGAUGAAUCACGGAUCAGAGAAGACAUGCUGUGAAAGAAAUGGCGAACGCUGCUGCAGGAAGGACUGUCUGAAGCUCCUGAAACACCUUCUCAGUCUGCUGAAGGAAAUGGACCAUUCGUUUGACAAGUUCUGCUCCUACCACGCCAAAACCACCCUUUUGCAUGCCUGCUGCUCUAGAACCAGAGACAGUGAUUGGAGGACCUCAAGUCUGAGCCAGUGUUUUCAGCAGCUCCUGAAGGACUUUGUUGGCCAUCUGGAAAAAGGUGUACUACCUAACUUCUUCAUCCCGGAUCAGAACCUUCUCUCUGGUCCUGACCAGAAGAAGUGUAAAAAACUGGCUUCUUGUAUCAAGGAGCAAUGUGACAAGGGCUUUCCCAUUUUCAUGUGACAACUUCACUACAAACAGGAAAUGACUGUUCCAGCCACAUAGUAUUUGAGACACCCUUUAAGUCUUGACAGUCUUGAACUGGCAUUCAUGUCAUAUAAUUUAUUUGUAACCACUUGAUUCUUGUUUACCAAAAUUUCUCUUAUCCAAACCUAUUUGUGAUAAUUUCUUUGCUUUUUCAUUACACACAUUUUUCACUUGUUUUAAUCCAUUGGCUAAAUACUUAGUAAGGUAAGUAAGUAAAAUUCAAAGAGAGAAUUUUGCUGCUGUGUGAAGCACUUUGUCUAUAAAUAAGGAUUAUUAUCAUUAUUAAAGGUUUUUAUUAUCAUGGUAGAAUGUGUAGUGAAAUGGCAUCUUACCUGAGGCUGGAGUAAGGAGCCUCCAUACACUCCACAGAAGCUGAUGAACCUUGACAGACAAACCUGCAAUGCAAAAUAUGAAAAGUAAAAUUAAUAUCCUAGUUUCCGUUCAUUUCAGUGGAGCCCUAAAGUGUGUAACAUAAAAAAAAAGUUAUGUUAAGCUAUAUGUAGUACACUGUCUAAAACACAGGUAUGUGUCUUGUAGCUUAGGACUGUUGUUCAAUGAUUGCAACGAUUACAAUAUUUUUACAAUCACACAACUUCUUUGUCAGAAGUUCUCACAGAAUUAAGUUCCAAAUUUCUUCUGUACAUUCAUCAAACUAAACAUGCAAAAGCUGCCCCCACCCCCAUCUCUUCCAGGAAAUUGUACAUGGUCAGCAAAGUAACUUUCUGUCCAUGUACUUCAGACAAACUCUUCAAACUGAUGCAGGGCAGCACCUCCUGUGGACCAAAACAUCCUUUGGUUACUAAAGAUCUGACUAUGCUCACCCCGACCAAGUUUAAUAAUAAUAAUAAUAAUAAAAUAUGAUUUACCUUUAGGAUCGUCCAGGCACAUUUUUCCCAUGAUUGUGGAGAUAUGAAAAUGCUGCAAAGCAGAUCUAAUCAUUACUGUAUCAUACAGUAAAUAUUUCAAGUUACCAAGUCAAUGAAAUAUGCAGUGUCAUGUCUCUUUACAAGUAGAAUUUAUUAGACAGAUUUCUUUCUGCCCAAAUCAAGUAAUGAUGUAACAAAAUAUUCAGAGUGAUACAAAACACUGCUGUGGUUGGUGAACUACAAACAGAAAAGAAAAAAAGAACUGUAAAAAUUGUGCAUUUUAAACAUUUUUAAAACAGGAUGACAGUAUAAUGAGGUGCAACUGCGUCUAAAUGACAAAGGAUAUUAAUCCAACAAAAAAACAAACAAGAAGGAAAAAAAACAAACAAGAAGGAAAAAAAAAAAACAAA